GAAUCGCAAUCCUAGACUUAACCUUAUACACUGCUCCUAUCAAGAACCCUUAGCUAUUACCGAUAGCAGCUCUAUCCUGUAUCUAGUUCUAAACCCAACUGUAGUCCAGACCUAAAUCCAGGCCUAGCCCCAGAACCCCUGACCCCAAUUUCAAACAUAGUCCUAAUCAUAAGACCAAGAGGCAUAUAACUCAAUAUAAUGUGUCCUCGGUAGGUUAAGGUCAAGACUGUAUUGAAAUAAGGCAAGCCAUAAUUGCCUCGCACUAACUAUACUCAGACAUUCAUUGGGAAAUGAGAUCCAUUGCAAGAGGCAAGGUCAUCCUGAAGGGUCACGGAUAUCAUCUCCAUAGCUGAACUUGUGAAUGCGGUGUUAGGCACUGCUUAAUUUCUCAAUGUCCUGGUUUAUAGUCGGCACGUGUCUGAUAGUGAAAACAAGAGGUAGGUAUAUUGGAUGCGGCGUGCCCUAUUUUCUGGGUGACUGACAUGGGCAGACCUCGCCUAAAUUAAGCCCUGGAUGUUCGCAAUUAAGUAUUUGCUCAACCGAAUGCCGUGGUGGGACACGCGGGACGUGUUUACGACACUCGGAGAUGUAAGGUCGGCAGUAGGGGUGGUUGUCAUUGUUCUGGAAAGAGAGGGGGUGUUGCUGGUGGCGGUGUGGUUGUGUGAUGAGGGAUUCCUUUGUCAUUGCUUGCGUUGAUAGCGUUAGCUCCGAUUGGGUUAGCGAUUUUAAAGUCUUGUAUACUUGCCAACCAUAUCGAUUUAAGACUUUGCUGCAAUUUUUCAAUCCUUCUUUAGUGCAUACCCAUUUUCAAAGCUAAUCGUGCCACCUCAUACAAUUUAUGAUUUUUUGUAAUGUAAUUUUUGCUUUGAAAGUCUGUAUGCGUUGGAAAGUGAGUGGUAUUGUUGGUGAACGUGGUGGUUUAUAUCUGGGGGUCACGUCGUUGGUGUGUUUGUGGUUGGUGGGUUUGAUUGUUAAGGGCCUUCGUGUCGUUGGUUGUGUUAACAUACACUGUGGUUCGGUUUUUGCUCAUUGGUAUUACACUAAAGUGGACCUGCCUCUGCUAUGUAGCUUGUGAUUUUGUUCUGGUUUGAAUUAUGCCAAUUAUUAAGGGAUGCUGAUAAAGGUUACGCUUUUUAGUGCACCUAAUGUUAGGGUAAGGUGUUAUGGUUCGUAUUACAUGUUGGGGUUAAGCUCAGAGAUAUUAUUAGUUUAUUUGGCCGAAUAAAGACGAGUUAUGAUUGUUUACCGCUAAAGCUAAAUUUAGUAUUAUGAAAUAAGGUUAUCUUGACCGUUACGGUUAAGUCUAUAGAUAGGCUUAGCACGAAAGGUAGGUGUAACAUUAUUGUGAAGUAUCAGACUGAGAUUAAGGCUUAAGUUCGAGUUAUGAUCGUGGCCCCUGUAUUUAUUUUUUUAAAGGCCACAGAGCCCCAAGCUUUAUGGCGUUAACCUUCCUCGCACGAGUCGGAGUUUGCGUUAUAUAACGCGAUGAAGUACAUUUGACGAAGUAGAAAUCAGCACUUUCCACAAGAGGGAGAUGGAGCGAUCACGCUCGGGCACAGCGCUGGGUGAUUUAAGUGGCGCUGGCCGAUUGGUUGCUGCCUCCAUCCAGCAGUGGAUCGACCGUGGCCGCUGAUAAUGAUGACGGUGGCGGCGAAUUUUGAGGUUUUGACGCUCACAUUUCCAGGUUUACACACAACCCUGAGACUCAGCCUGCCGAUUGGUGGUUAAGAGGGGGGGGUGGGCGUGAGUGAGUGAGCCUUGGGGGCAGAGAGCUUUUCUUGCUGGAGGUGCACACGUGGCAAAGGCGUCCACACGGGCCCAAACGGAACGGAGAGCAUGAAUGCGGAUAUGAUGGGCACACCUCCUCACUUGCAGACUGAACCGCCCACAGAUGAUGAGCGAGACCAUGGCAAGCCGGCUCCCGCGCCGGGCAUGCUCUGGCGGGUCUCGGGCGGCAUAUUCAGCGCCACCAAAGGGGCGGUGGGCGCCACGCUAGGCGGCGUGGCCUGGCUGGGCGGCAAGGGCUACGAGGUGACCAAGACGGUGGUGACCACGGUGCCAGCGGCGGGGGUCGGGCUGGUGAAGGGCAGCGUGUCGGCCGUUGCCGGCGGGGUCUCAGCCAUGGGAUCGGCCGUAAGCAGCAAAGUCCCCUUUGUGCCAAAGAAGAAAGACAAGUCCGACUGAAUAACACUGCCGCGUAGGUUUUCACAGUUGCGCUGUAUAGCUCUCCCCGAUGUGUUUUCUGGUUGAACCACGUGUUGUUCGUCGCGUGGAGUGACAAACACGUUGGACGUCAUGUCGAGCAACACGCAGUGCAACCCGAAAAAACAUCGAAGAGCCAAGUCCGACCUGAGACUCGCGCGCAUGGUUAGACCGCCGGAUUACAGGGCGGAGACGAGGGGUCUGGAUCGACAUGCGAUUCACACCUUCGGCCUCCCUGUCUCUCUGCGCUCUCGUUGUGUGACUCGCGUGCGUGCCUCUUGUCCCUUAUCGCUCACCAUCUAUCCCGCCCCGCUGCAAAUACAAGUGUUUUUUUUGUUUUUGUUUCUAUCGCUAUUUUUUGAUUGCGUUGUCGGCGUCUUAUGCGCAUUUUUGCCACGUUCGUGUGUUCGGUUUACUGUUGUUGCUUUUGGACAGCCGACGAUGUGCGUCACCGCAGCCCUAAUGAAUAAAGGGUAGAGGUGCAGCACUGUUAUUGCUUGCUCACACAACUGCUGGUAGAUGGGCCUCUAUUAUAGGGAGCCCUUCCAGAGCGUGCUUUGGCCUACGCAUACACAUUGGCCAGACAUCUAGCAAGAGGUAGGCGAACCCACAAUUUACCUCGCCACAUGCGAUCUGCUGAUGGACAAACUCAUCGCAAUGCCCUAUUUCAAAAUGUUCAGAAACAUUUUAAGUGAUCGGGUGCUGUUUUCAGCAGGGGUGAGGCAAGGGGGGGGGGGGUGACUUGUUAAAGAUAUUCACACUUGGUUUUUGGGGGCUCGAGGAAAGGGGCACGUGAAAAAUUCCUCCCAAUAACUCCCAUCUACUCUCCUGUGAAAAUAAAGCCACUUCUCGAUCCGUGAUUUCGAAUUUUAAUUAGCCCAUUGGAUAAAAAACAUUUUCAGAGCUUAUUUUUUUUUCAUGACUUCACCUGGAGACAAUCGUGCUUUAGCCAGCAAUGUUUUAGAAUGUAAUCAUGUCUUGUCUGGUUUAUGAAAAAAAACGGCAGAAAUGGGAUGUGGAUGUUGUAACGUUGCACUCAUUUUUUUGGUAGAAACCUCUGUUGUUAUUUCACUUUCAAAGCUAGGGUGUAAAGAGCAAGUUUCAGACGAAUGCUUCAAAUGCAGAAAGCUGCCGUUAAACUCCUCCGGUAGCUUGGAGGAACUUUGGAAUGCAUUUUUGUUCUGAUUGGCUUUUAUUGGAGCCUCAGGUAUCCACACAGUGGCUUUAAACCUGGUCUCUUGCAACAUAGUUUCAAACAGAAAAACUGAGCCAUUUUCCUUGUAUCCGUCAGGUGUUACUAAAAACCACUAACAUUAACAAUAUGUGCAUAUUUAAAAUAAUAUUGGGAUUUAUUUACUAGCCAGGGGGACCUCACGUUGGUGUUGAAAUAUGUGGGCGAUGACAUCUCAGAACUGCUCCUAGCGUCACCUUAUGGAUGAUCUCUCUAACGCAACACUAAACUGCUGCACUGAUUUGUGUUUAGUAAAAGUAAAAGAAGCAGCUCUUUGCAUGUCACAAUCGGACAUUUUGUGAUUGGGCUGAGAUGAUAAAUUCACUGCACUUGAUAAUGAGGUUUAAUCACAGGUGGCCCAGAUCAGAGCUCAUCAAUUUAGCAGUUUGGCUUAUUGCUGUGACAUUUAUUAUCUUGAGUUUGCCACGCAGCUAACACACAAUUCACGCAUAUUUACGAUACAGAAACACAGCUCUAAUGUGUCCUGAAACUCCGUUCUGAAAGACAGGGGUUUGGGCCAAGCUGUGGGCACAUGCUAUAGAAGGGUUUGAGGCUCCAUGGCACCUAUUGAUGUCCACAUGAUAUGUUUGAUGUGUUAAUGAGAUAUUCCUGGAGACCAUAGAGGAGUGAGGUUAUGGAUCCAUCACAGUGUUUGAAGCGUUUGUCUUGUGCUUUCUUUACGCAUGUCUGCUUAACAGUGCAUUGGGAUCGCUACAAAGAAAUAUAUUUCAUCCAGCAACACAUUUAUCUGAGCAAGGAUUACUGAGCAAAUCCUGAAACAACUGGCAUUAAAGUAAUAUUUAUUUAAACACAAUGACUUCUCGGCACUACAAAAGUGUCAUCAGAUCCAGUUUCCUGUAAAUGAUCCUGAAUAAGUGACCUCUUGUUGUUCGUGCUCAACAAUCCGGCAUCGCAGUCACUUUGAGUUGGAUUGGCGCGACGGUUUCAAGUUGUAGUUUUAAGACGUUUAAAAGCAUUGAGUUUUCUUUUGUCCCCCCUGAUUGCUUUGGGCAAGGUGAACGGGGCAUAGUUUAGUCUUCGACUAAAGGCUGCAUUGCACCAAACUGCACAGCUUCUUUUAUUUUGCAGCCGUGACAUCGCCGAGCCUUGCAUCCCCUGUGCUAUUACUCUAGCUGCACUCUAAGUUUGUAUUGGGCUUCAUACUAGUUGUACACUCGCUGCUCUCGACACGUAGUCUGUCGUCACGUGAACAGCGCUUUCCAUUUCGGAGUGGCUCACAAACUGAAAUGCAGAGGUCACGUGGUGACAAUCCGAUCGAAGUUCCGUAUGGUUUGCAUUUCCCCCGAGGGUUUUAAAUCUUGGUUAACGAUUAUGCCUUUAUUUAUUUUAAACAUUAUUUAAAUUGGUUGUUUCAUUUCAAUUACUAUGGCCUGUGUUUUAACCAGGUAGGGACCUGUUGGAAUUCACUACCGUGGCAGGUUUUGUGUGUAACCAUAAUUGCAUAAAGACUAAUUCAUUUUUGUUACAUUUAAGUUGGGGGGGAGGGGGGAUAAUUCCCAAAUGUGAAAACUUGCGACUCUCGCACCAUCCUUGUGCAAAUGAUCACAAUUUACAGCAUUUUCUUUGCAGGAGGUGGCAUGCUUGAGGUAACAAAUGCAUUCGCGGUGUCCCCGCCUCGUGUGCACCGGUGCUGAUCCGAAGGCUGUCGUAGAAAUUCCACAUUGCUCAGCCAACGGGCCAGCCUGUUCGUAGGAUGACAACGGUUGACUUUCCCUCAUUGUAGUAUCAACCCCCAUUGGGAUUAUGGGUCAAAUUAACCCCCAACCAGCAUUUGAACCAAUGAGAAUUGGCUUCUGACUGCCAGUUUGGGCAUCGGGACACAGUGCCACGUGGAUUGGGGAAAAUUCUGCCGCCAAUAAACAAACGAGUGACUGCAAUUGAACCGUCCUCUUUGUGCAAGCUCCGUGCGAACUGGUUAAUUGGGACGUAUGCCAAAUGUGGUGCCACCCAGCUGAUAACAUUUAAUUAAACUCCCCACAACACUGUGGGUAAUUGUUUUUUUUACCAAACUUUACGCUAGUCAAUGCAGAUCGGUAAAGGAGAAGAGCACAUGACCGGUACUGAUAUCACCUGCCACUGAAGUUCGCCGUGCCCGGGAAUGAGCUUUAUGGUCAAUGGAUUCAUAUAGCGUAGGUUGCUAACCACUGCGCCACCCAAUUUGUGCAUCGCAAAGAGCCUCGAAUGGUUUGCCUCCAAAUUGUUCUAGCUUGCCUGGCCUUUUUGGUGACAUGGGGGUUUCAAAACAGUUUACUGUGCAACCUGCUCUAACGAAGCUUUGCCUUUUGAAUCUAGAGUUUACACAUCAAUGAUUUAACCUUUGGCAUGUGAAAAGUUUGUAGAUGGGACUUGGCAGAAUUAAAUCCCUGUCUGUUUCACAGUUAGGGAAAUGUAUUAUUAUUAUUAACUUUUCGUAAUAACCUGCAUUGUAAACAAUAUUGAAACAUUGAAUGAACAUGUCAUUAAAGGGAGUUGAUGUUUGCAAGUAAUCUACACUCCAGCAUUUUACCUCUUCUAGAUGAUCAUUCUGCCACCAAAAAAUACAACAAAAUGACGUUAUGCAGACCCACAUCGGUUGAAUACUGUCGUUAAGUCAUAACUCUUGAAAUAUUUGCAGUUGGGAAAUAUGACGUGGCAUGCUGGCCUAUAUCUUGAGACAUUUAAGCAUGCAACAAUCUCAAGCUAGAAAUUAAUCGAGUGACACGUCUGGUCUGGAAGUUAAACCCACAGGCAGCCGAUUGGGUACACAGACCGAUACAUUUUUGUAGCUUUUAGCUUAAAAUUUCUGAGCCUGAAACUCUUCAGAACAAAUAUUUUUGUUUUCCUACAAGUUAAUAAAUCUUGUCGAGUUGACCGCAAUCCGUUUGUACGAAACGGGCUCUGGCGUUGGCUGAUUCUAGUGCAGGCCUAUGUCAGACUUGCUUCGCUGGCUUUCUGCAGGCCGUUCGAAGAGCAUUACAUGAAAGGUAUAUAUUUUUGGGAACUUUCAAUCGUUAUAUCCCGAUUGUGCCUUUGGCAUUUACAUGCAACAUGCAGCAUUUCCCCCCCCCCCCCCCCCCCCCCCCCAUUCUGAAUCCCUCUACGUAGAGAACAGAUCAAUUUUUUGUUGGGGUUUUGCUUGAAAUAUUUAGAGGGCCUCUUUUCCUACCAUCGCUUACCUGUGCUUUAAUUACCAGCGCAGAUGGGUGGGCGGUUUGCCUAUUCUGAAUUAGCCCUCGGAGCCAAGCUGCUCUGAAUGUAAUGCAUAGUUCUUGUGAUGGUGCAUAUUGUGCAUAAACUAUAAACUGGGCUGUGAUCACCGCACUCGAUAUUCCUGUUCAACCAGUUAUGUCUGUGUGGGCUAAUGGAUUGCACACCCAAGUUUGGACUUAAUGUACUGGCUGAUAAUUAACUCUUGGUGUGGCCAUCAGCCGCAAGGGAAGAAAAAAAAGUCCAUCUCAAGCAAGUUAUUACUAAAUGAUUACAUUUUCAAAAAAGAUAGUUCAAAAGUAGUUUUCAAAAUAAUGUUAAGAUUAAGUUGUCGUCAUAACUGCUCUUUUUUUUAGUAUUCACGUAGGAAUAUUGUUUGAUUCUUCUUGAGAUGCAAAGCUGCUGCAAGGCAAGGAAGAUCAUCAUCCAAACAGAAAGGCAAAAAGUAAAGAUGCAGCCCUGCAAUUUCAUGCACACGCCGCUGCUUCGAAGAAGCAUGGCCCCCACAACGUGGAGCUUUAGAGAACCCCUCUAGUGGAUAGUUGGCCUUCUCUUCCACGUUGGCCAGACGUCUUGGAAUAUGUGCGAGUACCCACAUCACGCGUGACCUGCCGAUUGACUGGGUUGACGGAGAUGGGUUCAUUUAAGAAACGUGCCCAUUGCUUCAGCUGCUGCACUAAGAUUUAUCCAUGGCAGCAUCGCCGUAGCAUACAAAUGCUUAAUAUAUAUCAUGCGUCUCAUCACAUAUAAGGAUGUGCAGAUGGCCGUUGUGUGUGAGGAUAUGUGACCUCGUGAUUUGCAUGUUCACCGAUAACUCAUGUGCAGGUGUUGGCCAUUGUGUGGCCAGUGCCAUAGCCCAAACUUUACACACAACCGGUGGCCAGACAAAUAUAGACGAUAAAUCUAGCCACCUCACAACAACAACAUCCCCCCUUUGGUGAUGCACGCUAGUCGAGUACGCCCCAAGAUGUGACUGCUUUCCACCGCCGAAUCAAUGCUUUUGUUCGGUUAAGUUCGAGGUGGCGCAGAACAAAAGCUUGCGACCGCUUUUCAUGCGCCGCUCGCACCAAUGCCGUAGAUUAGGAGUUCAGUGUUCUUUCUGUUUUCAUCGUUAAUGUUUACGUAGCUUGCGUCGGUAAGGUCGUUGCGAUGCGCCUUGUCCGCUGGUUAGGUGUAGUUGUUAGUAAGCUGUGAGGUUGCGUCGUACCCUCACUUGGUGCCCCGUGUGCUUUAGGAACCUGGGGACGUUUGCAUGGGCGAAUGGGGUCGCUCGUUGCGGUUUUCCGCAGCAACUGAGUCCCCAUACUUCACCGCUCUCAUGCCCUCACCCUCGCCACCGCCACCACCACCACACAACACCUAGGACAACCAGACAGGUGGUAUCUCUGAUGUCGGCUUUCCAAACCUGAUCAUACAGGUCAUGAGUUGAACUUUUAGGGGGUUCUGGUUGGCUCUGUCGUAAGCGUUAUGAUUUGAUUUAGUGGAGUUAGCUUUACUGUAAGGGUUAGGUUUAUAAACAAAGGUUUGUGUGUAGCAGGGUAGGUUAGAGGCGUUAUUGUUGGCUAUGGCUAUAGGCAUGUGUACAAUUGAAGUUAGCUUUAUCAUUAUGGAUAGAGUUGGUGGUAUGGUUUAGGUUAUAUCUCAAGUUUAUAUUUGAGUUCACGUCAGAUCAGUGGCUGGUUGCUGAAAACACGUUUAUAUUUUAAAGCAGAUUCGACACGAGUUGAGGUGAAGCAAAUCACUCGAGCGGUUUUACGCAAUUGGCCGCAGAAUUACUCGAUUCUAUGCGAGGUUGGAUUUCCCAUUGUGGUUUUGAGUGAACUGGGAUUGGACGGUACCACUACGACUGCUGCAAUGUGAAUGUCAACCAAGUCAAAUGGGGUUGGAGAUCUCGACACCCCUUUUGGCGGAGAGGGAAAGAGCCAAACGGCUUGAGAGCUCCACGUGACUCGUGUACACAGCCCCCAAGCCUCGACAAUUUAAACUGGCCAGUACUUCACAAGUUCGCUGAGAAGAUUCACCCUUCUCGCCACUUCCGUUUACACCACCAUGCUUCAAAGUUGUCAUGCCCUAAGAGUUGAUGUGUUUUCGGUUUUUAUCAAUUGAUAUUUUUUUUUAAAACCCAGGUGGACUGGUGACUCGCGUCAGUUGUGCAGAUCAAUGUCAUGCCCAGGCCAGAGCAUUGAGGUGGCACUGCUGAGAUCUUUGGAUUGUAAGGUUAUUGUGACACGUUAAACCUGGUUCUCACACCAUACUGUGCAGGUGUGUACUCACUAAUCCGCUGGAGCUUUUCCCUGCUCGAGCAAGUGAUGGAGCCAGUGGUGGAAAUUCCGUAUUCUGAUGGCAGGACUGAGUUACUCCAAAAAGAGUGACUUCCCACAAUGCAGUACUCUUCUUAUAGAGGGAUGAAAGGCAAACUUGAAAUCCGAUUUGAACUCUCAACUAGUAACACCCCCACCCACCCACCCACCCCUGCACCAAUUGUGAGUCAAGCGCGCCCACCACAGUGCCACCCGGGUGUUAUUAUAGAUGUGACAAGUUUCGCAUUAGACGUGGCCCAGCGCAGCUCUGAGGUAGACGAUUGUAAAUGUGUGUAAUAAAGAUGAUGGAUUCGGGGCGUUCCACGCUUCACAGGGCACGACGAAGCGCCGUCUUGUGGUUGUGGCAACAAAUGGCCCUCGCGAAGAAACGAUGCCAAGGUGCCUCUGUGGUGUCUCUUGUGCGCUUUUGUGACACCUUGGGUGUGAGAAUCUGUACAACGUUCCCAGGAUAGUUGUAUUGUGACGUGACUCCGUUAACACAAUCGCGAUGUUGACAAUAAUUGGCAACCCUUUGUUAAUUCUGUGCAGAAAAAAAGGCCUCGGCAUGCCACGGCGGUGACGGGAGUUUGACGAUAGGGGGCGCUAAGGACCCGUUCGAAUUUUCACUCGCCACUGAUCUCCAAUAACCGGCAAAAGAACAAAAGAUAAUUGGGUUCAGAAUCAGUGUGCCCACCGCUCAUUUUCAGGAAUACAAUUUUCUGGAUUUUUACAGCAGCGUGGUUACCAUUGCGUUACCACUCUACCCUCAACUGGGAUAUUAGUGGCGACAUAAAAAGAAAGUGAUGAGAAAGGUGUAACAGCUGGGGGUAAAUUGGGCUAUUUGAGGGAGGUUUACAAAGGGCUGAGGAAAUAAAUCACAAAAGAUAAACUGCAAUGUUUCAGACCGUACUUCUAAAAGAAACGAAGGUUAGUCGUGUGUUGUUUUUGUUGUGAUGACGAGACAUCGCUGGGAAGCAUGGCACUGUGCGAUGACAGAAAAUAGUGGGGAAUAAAAACAUACAAAUCACAAACUGUUGUAACGUUGUGGGUUGAUGUGGGUUUUUUUUUUAUCAAACCACCCUUAAAAAGUGGAGUCCUGUAGGAAAUAUAAAAUGUGUAAUGUCAUCGUCUUAAAACGCGACCUGUCCGAAUUCUGGUCAAACGCCAAUAGCAAAGUGAAUCCACGGUGGCAAAAACAAUUUUCCUUUCAGUUUUACAAAGAAAGUUGUUAAAACCCGACGACACAAAACUCUAACCAUAUACUGCACAACCUAUUUUUUUGGCAAAUUGAUAUGAUAGUAUUAUGUAUUUUCUACUGAUAUCUUUGAAAACUUAAUAAAAAGCUGAUACCAAG